AUUACAAUAAGGUUCUCAGUUAGAUAAUUUGAUCCUUUUUAUUCAAUUCUUAUUUCAAUGUUAUUAAUUGAGGUAUGAAAAGAACAUAUAAGAAUAUAGCACAUAAAUUGCUUGCAAAAAGAAGGAAUAAAUAUGAGCAUUUAAACCAUGCUGAGGAAUAUGGUAAUUUAUCAUUAAUCAAGUUAUCAAUGUAAAAUGAACAAAGUACAAUGCUGAGAAAUAAAUUCAUGGCAUCUUAUUUGAUCAAAUACUUUCUUGAUGAAUCUGGAGCUAUUAGUAAUCUUUAAAUAUUUUACAUUAAUAUUAUUAAAUUGGAU